GGGGGUUAGUAGCCAACUUGGCCUGAUAGAUAAAAAGGCCCGUUCGUAGUCUCAACCCAAGACACCAAGUCAAUUGCAUUCAAGCACCGUUCAAUCAUAGUAUCUACUCCACGAAUUCGAAUAGCCCUGUUCACCCAGCAACAACAACAGCACCAACAGACCACUGUUUAAUUGCCACCACUACCACCAACCUCAGACACAACGACCCCAAUGUCGACCCCCAAGAAAAACUUCCACGUCGCCAUCGUCGGCGGCGGCAUCGCCGGUGUGACCCUCGCCAUCGCGCUGCACCACCGCAACAUCUCCGUGACCAUCUACGAGCAAGCGCACGCCUUCUCCGAAGUCGGCGCGGGGGUGUCCUUCAGCCCGAACGCGGUGCAGGCGAUGAAGUUCUGCCACGACGGCAUCUACAGCGCCUUCGAGAAGGUGUGCACGCGCAACCUGUGGCCCUCGAAGCAGAAGGUCUGGUUCGACUACCUGGACGGCUACAACUACAGCAAGGGCGCCGACCAGACGGGCGCCGACCAGCGCCGCCAGGACAUCGAGUUCACCAUCUCCAACAGCCUGGGCCAGAACGGGGUGCACCGCGCGCACUUCCUGGAUGAGCUGAUCAAGCUCGUGCCGCAGGAGAUCUGCCGCUUCAGGCGGCGGCUGGAGGACAUCCACGAGCGCAUCCGCGACGGCAAGCUCAUCCUCAAGUUCGCGGACGGGUCCGAGGAAGAGGCCGACGUGGUCAUCGGGUGCGACGGCAUCAAGUCGCAGGUGCGCCAGAUUAUCGUCGGCGCCGACCAUCCAUCGGCGAAGCCCUCGUACACGCACAAGUACGCCUAUCGGGGCCUGGUGCCAAUGGAGAAGGCGGUUGAGGCGAUUGGGGAGGAGUUGGCCUCGAAUUCGUGUAUGCAUAUGGGCCCCGGCGGCCACAUGCUCACCUUCCCCGUCAACGGCGGCAAAACCCUCAACAUCGUCGCCUUCCACACCAACCCCGCCGAGUGGGCCGAGUACCCCCAGCUCACCCGCCAGGGCACCCGCGAGGAGGCCCUGAAGGAUUUCGAAGGCUUCGGACCGAACGUGAUCAACCUGCUCAAGCUGACUGAAUCCGAUCUCAGCGUGUGGGCAAUCUUCGACCUAAACGACCACCCGGUCCCGACCUUCCACAAAGGCCGCGUCGUGAUCUCGGGCGACGCCGCCCACGCGACCUCGCCGCACCACGGCGCCGGCGCCGGCUUCUGCAUCGAGGACACCGCCGUGCUGGCGACGCUGCUGCAGGACGAGCGCGUGCGCACCCACGCUGACCUGGCGGCGGUGUUCGCCGCGUUCGACGCCAACCGCCGCGAGCGGUCGCAGUGGCUGGUGCGCAGCUCGCGGUUCAUCGGCGACUGCUACGAGUGGCAGGCCGAGGGCGUCGGCAGGGAUUUCCAGAAGAUCGAGGAGGAGAUCAACCGGCGGAACGGGGUCAUCGCGAAUGUGGAUGUCGCCAAGAUGGUGGAGGAGGCCAGGCAGGAGCUCGGGAAGCGGUUGGUGGGGAAUAAGGCUUCUUUGUAGGUGGGCUGGGCUUCCGGGUUUGGGGAUGAGCGUAUAUAGAUUGGUCUUGAUCUGAGUGUGUAUAUAAUUAUAGGAUGUAGAUAGUUGUGGUUUAUGGC